AUGGAGCGGGCAGCCCCGGCAGCGGUCGGGUGGCCCUUCCCGCGGGGGGCCUGGCUCGACGCAGCGCUGAACGGCGAGCUGGUGCCGGGGCUGCCGCUGGCGGCUGGAGCUCGGGUCCUGGCGCGGGUCAAGGACGACUUCGGGGCGCCGCAGGGCGUCGAGAUGCUCGAGGUGGAGGUCGCCUACCAGGCGGACGCAUUCGGCCGGUACUUCAAGGGCCGGCAUGUGGGCGCCAGCGACCCGUACUUCUCGUGGUAUGCAGCCUCCUGCGGGCAGCGGGGCGCGCGACCCCUGGCCACGGUCUUCCACCUCUGCAAGUGCAGCGCCGACGAGUGCGGGGCGGUCGCUCCUGUGGGCGCAGUGGUCGAGCACUUGGACGUGUGGCAGGUGGUGGACCCCCGCGACGUCGCCCGCGAGCAGGCGAAGCUCAUCUGCCCGGCCGCGGAUCCUGGAGCGCUUGUGAUGACCGAUGCGCCCACGGCCGAGCCAUUGCCUGGAGAGCUCGGCGGCUGGCCGCUCGGGGAUGGGGGCAACGAGGACGAGGAGGAGCCACGCGGGCCGCCGCGCAAGCGGGCCCGCGAGGUGGAGGGCACCCCGACCCCAGGCGGACCAGGAGAGGCGAGCCCUCUCGACCAGGAGAUUGCAGGGCUCGAGGAGACUGCCGAGGACCCAGAGCUCGAGGCGCGGCUGGCGCGGCUCGGGGGCAGGGCAGCUCGUGGUGUGCCGAGGCAGGGCACGCCCAAGAAUGCUGCGCGCCCAGCAGGAGCGGUAGGCGAGCGCCUGGCGCAGGUGGUGGCCGGCCGAGCCGCCGCUGCUGCCCCUGCGCGCACAGGCGCCGCUGGGUCGAGGAGCAGGCUGGCAUCAGCCUUGACCGCGGCGCUCCUGGGCCGCGACGACGACGACGCGGAGGACGGCGCGGAGAGCGACACGGAGCGCCUUGGGGGCCGCGACCGCUACCAGGGCGUGAACAUCAAGCGGGACUUGUUCCGCAGGAUCGCUCGGCAGCGGCCCGGCGCUCUCCUCGAGAACGGGCUUGGCCACCUGCGCAGCCAGUUCACCCAGCAGUUGUCCGCAGGCGAGGCCGACCCUCUGGCCCCGUGUGCCACGCAGUUCUUGAACACGGUGUUCUUCGUUGCUCACCCGCCGCGGACGCCGGGGACGGACGAGGUGCGAGUCCUCCGCACGCUGGGGCUGGCGCUCGACGGAAUCCUGCGCGGAGAGGUCGUCGAGACUGCGGAUCUGCUCAUGCAGGAGUUCAAGGCGCGGACGAUGGCCAUCCGCGACGGGAACUGGCGGUCGGCACGGUGGCUCACGCUUGUCGCACAGGAACAGCUUCCAUCAGGCGCCUCUCUGGACGAGGAGAACGCUGCCGAGAAGGUCGAGGCCCGGGAGCUGAAGGCGAUGAGGAUCCUUGCCGGACGAGUUCCAGGCGACGGUCCCGCAGUUCCCCCCGCCGGGAAGAAGCAGCCAGCAGCGCGGAGGGCCAGCCGCAGUCCCACGCGGUCGGUCCAGCUCCUGAGCGACUCCGAGGGGGACCCCGACGCAUCAGCCGCCGCCCGCGUGCCACCAGCGGACGCGGCAGCAGGCCGGAGCUUCGCGCAGCACAAGGCGGCCCACCCGAGGCGCGAGGGCGAGACCCAGGACGGCCUGGGUUCGGGCGUGAGGGCCGACGCGGCUAAGGCCGCGGCCCCGAGCAUGCCCCUGCCUGCCCUCCGCCCGCCUGAGCGGCAGCUACGCGGCAGCUCGCAGGCUCGGCGGUGGCGCCAGAUGCUAGCCGAGGUGGGCACGGGCGUCAGCUCCAAGUUCAGGCUCGCCCUCGCGGUCCACGAGGCGGUGCACGGUUCGCCAGGGGCGAUCGGGCGGUACGUUCGUAAGAUGUGCACUUCGCCAGACCCCACGGCCAGCUUCGCGCGGCUGCGCGAGGUGUUGCCGUUACCGCUGCCCGACGCCCCGCUCUUCGAGAGGCACCGUGCCGCCUGGUACCUGCACCAGCAGCUGCCGGAGACCUGCGAGGUGGACGCCGCCACGGCGCAAGGGUGGGCCCAGCUCGUGGUCUUCAGCCUGAACUACCAGUACACGGGGCACAUGCGUUGUCCAACCGUCGCCGCAAGGCGGCCCACGGCAAGUCAGAUCAGUGCGCUCGGCAUUGUGCAGGAGGCCUGUGAGUAUUUCGUUCAGGAUGCCGCCACAGCUUUCGAGCUCCCGGACUGGGACCAGGUCAUCGCGUCGAGGACCGUCUCCUACGGGGGCGAGGAGACGUCCCGCGCCUUGCCACUCUCGCUUGCGGGCAUCAUGCCAGGCCUCCCCGCGCGGGGCGUCGCCGCCUCUGUCAAGGCGGUCGACAUCGCGGACGCUCAGGUGGGCGCCUGGCUUGCCGACCCCACGCUGGCCUUGCUCCCUCGAGAUGAGUGGCCUGCUGAGGUCCCGCGGGCGGCGAUCCAGGUCACGUCCAAGCAGGAGUGGUACAGUAUCGGGACCAAGCUCGUCGAGCUGGGGCUGGCUGCGCCGAUCGCCGACGACCGCAUCUUCAAGGUCGGGAACCGCAAGGUGCUCGCCGGGGCGUUUGGGGUCGCCAAGGGUGGCGCGCCGUCACCUGGCCAGGCGUGCGUCCAGCGCCUGAUCAUCAACAUGGUCCCGGCCAACAGCUACCAGCGCAUCAUGAGGGACGACAUCGGGACCCUUAGCGCGUCGCCCUCGUGGGUCGCCAUCCCGCUCCCAGAGGGCCACAUGCUGCUCUGGUCGUCAGAUGACCAAGCCUCCGCUUUCUACUGCUACGAGCUGCCCGAGGCUUGGCAGCCGUACAUGGCCCUCGCGGAGGCGAUCCCGAACGAGCUCAUCGGCGUGCCGGGUCCUGGGAAGACACACCUCGCGCUGCGCGUCAUCCCGAUGGGCUGGAUCAACGCGGUCACGGUGUUUCAGCACUGCCACAGGCGCCUCGGGUUCGGCUCUCGCCCCCUCGCUGCGGGGUUUCCCGCGGAGCUCGAGUGGCGCAAGGACCGACCACUUCCGUUCAAGUCGAAGGAGCUCGAGCAGCAGUGGAUCCAGUACUACAUCGACGACUGGGACCAUGGCGAGGUGGUGCCCAACGCGAUGGUCGCGGAGCUCCUCGGCACGAUGAGCUGCGCGCAGGAGGAGCAGAGGGCCGCCUACGGCCGCUCGGGGAUCAGCGUCGCCCCCGGCAAGGCCAAGCACCGCGCGCUGGUCCUGGAGCGGAUGGGCGCGGGACUUGACGGGGCCGUCGGCCGGGUCGGAGUCACAACCGAGAAGCUUCACCAGCUGCUGGCGUUCAUCCUGUGGGGCAUGGGCAGACAGGGCCUCUCGUCGCAGGGCAUGCUCAUGAUCCUAGGCAGGUGCGUCAGGGCAGCGGAGUUCAGGAGGCCUUUCAUGGGGUUCCUCAACAGCGUGUGGGCUGCUGGGCGCUGGACGCGCCCGCAGGCUGUUCCCCUUGGCAUGUGCGACGAGCUCUUGGGCUUCGCGAUGGCGCUGCCGCUGGCAUACACCGACCUGCGCGCAAGGAUCGACACUUGUGUCAUUGCGACCGAUGCCAGCGAGCGCGCCGGGGGCAUCUGCCACACGGCCGGGCUCUCGGCGCAGGGCGUUGCCUGCGCGAGAGGGGGAGCAUCAGCAGUGACUUUGCGGCCUGGUGCAGUUGCGGCUCCUGUGCGUGGUGUGCGGUGGCGCCCUCGCAUAGUUCUCAUCGAGCUCUUCGCAGGCGCUGCUGGGGCCGCGGUGGCGGCCUCCAGACUCCCGAUCGACGUGAUGGCCCACGUCAGCUGCGAGGUUGAGCCCGCUGCCCGGCGACUGGUGCGUCGCCGCUGGGCGGGCGUGAUUGAGCUUGGCAACAUCGAGGCCGUCGACGCGGCGCGGUUUACUGAGAUGCUGAAGGGCUACGCACGGGACGCCGACUGGGUCGUCUUGACCGCGGGGAGCCCGUGCCAAGACCUUGCGAGCAUCAAUGUCGUGGGGACCGGCCUAGAGGGGUCGAGGUCGAGGCUCUUCUUCCGGGUCCCCGAGCUGAUCCAGGCAGCGGAGGCUGCCUUUCCUAAGCGCACCAUGUGGUUCGUCGAGAACGUGUUCAGCAUGACCCUAGAGUCGAGGGCAGAGUUCACCAGGGCGCUUGGAGUCACGCCCGUGUUCCUCGAUGCCAGGUGUCUCACUCACGUCAGGCGGCCCCGCCUGUACUGGUGCUCGUGGCCUGUCACGGCGUUCUUGGCGUCCGACGCCACCGUCGAGACCAAGGGUGUGGGAGAAGCCGCGUACUUCAAGGUCUCGCUUGCGGUGGAGAGGCUCCCACUGAGUGCCUCGCUCCUGGAGGGCUGGUCGACACUGGACCCUGAGGCAGACCUCCCUUGCUUCACGAGGCCAAUCCCGCGACGCCACCCGCCGUUCCGGCCCGUGGGCCUCGACCGCGCCUCGGUGCAGGCCGCGGAGCGCUGGGCUGCCGACAGCUACCGCUACCAGGUCAACAACUACGAGGACGGCAGCCUCAUCUGGGACGCGAGGCGUGAGCGGGGCCGGCUGCCCGUGCCUGAGGAGCGUGCUGCUCUGAUGGGGUUCGACCGUCUCUAUUUCCAGGCCGCUGUAAAAGAUAGUGCCCCCGCCGCCGAGCGAGACAGCGUCAUUGAGUCCCUGAUCGGGAAUGCGUUCUGCGUCCAGGCUGUCAUGUAUCUUCUCGGCUCGUGGCUCGCUCAGGUGGGGGCGCUAGCGGCCGCCAUCCCAGGCAGCAGCUGCCUCGCUGUGGGCACGUGCGAGGCGAACUGGAACGUGGUCCCCGACUUCCAGCAGCCGGGACAUCACGACCCGCAGUUGGAACGCAGCCUGAUCGUAGAGUUCCUGAGGGUCGCGGACCGCGGGGGCACGGACGUCCGGCUUGACACCGGGGCGCCCUACCGCGCCCGCGCGUGGCCGCGGGCAGCCCUCCGUGCGCACCUCUGGGCCUGGCGGAUCGCCAAAGGCUUUCGCUGGCAGCGGCCUGGGCACAUCUCGGCGCUGGAGCUGGAGGCUGCGGUGGCUGGAGCGCGCUGGAGGUGCCGGGCAGUUGAGAACCACCGCUGCCGCUACCUGCACAUUCUGGAUGCCCAAGCGAUCGCGGCAGUCAGCACCAAAGGCAGAUCGAGCGCGAGGGCUUUGCAGCCAGCGCUCCGCCGGCUCAACUCCCUGCUCCUCGCGACGGCAGGGUACCCGCUGUACGGCUACUGCGACACCGACGUGAGCCGGGUCACGGCCCAGGCGAUGGCGCGACGAGCUGCAGCGAGGUCCCAACCGCUGAGGGAGUCGAUGGUCACGCCACUCAACCUGCAGCGGUACCGUGCGGCGGUCGAUGAUGUCGUUGAUUUCUGGAUCCAGGAGCACCGGCAGCCGCAGACGCCCGCUCAGGUCGACGCUGGCGUGGCCGCCUUCAUCGAGAGCCGUUGGCUGAGCGGAGGAUCUUUGUUUGAGAUUAAUAAUGCAAUUGCAGGCAUCACGCACGCUUUCCCGCCCGUGCGAGGGCACUUGCGGGACAGCUGGCGCUUGGCCAAGACGUGGCAACGCCUGGAGCCAGCUGGGCGGGCGCUGCCGAUCGGGCCGCUGAUUGCGGCAGCGUUCGCAGGGGCAUUUGCGGCCGUGGGCCAGCUCGGCGCUGCGGCGGUGCUGGCAGCAGGCUACGACGCUUUCCUCCGGACGGGUGAGAUGACCUCGCUCGUGUGGUCCGAUGUACAGCUGUAUCCACUCCGCCAAAUGGCCGUGCUGCAGCUGCGCAACACCAAGAGCCAGCAUCAGACUGGUGCCCGAGAGUUCGUGCUCGUGCGGAGCGGCGUAGCGGUCGCCCUCCUUGCCAGGGCAAAGGCUCAGGCGCACAAGCAGGACUUGUGCCUCGGGAUGGAGCCAAGCAGUUUCAUGAGCACCUUUGGCCGCGUGCGUGAGCUGCUGGAGCUGCAAGAUGCGAAGCUCACCCUCUACAGCUGGCGUCGGGGCGGCGCCUCCGCCGACUUCCGCAGCCACGGCUCCAUGGAGCAGACGCUGCUCCGAGGCAGAUGGGCCUCGGCGCGCACGGCCCGCUUGUAUGUUCAGGAUGCCGUCGCCGAGGUCCCGAGCGUCGCCGGCAUGCAGACGGGCGGCCGUGGCGCGGCGAGAAAGGGCGAGGGCAGGGGGGCCGCGGCUCCCGCGGGCAGGCCCGCGGACGUCUCCAGCGUCAACCGCGACCGGCUGACCUACUGCCUGCUGGGCCUCGUGAGCCGAACCCUGACGGUCAAGCUCCGUGGGGACACGGUGUACGAGGGCAAGUUCCACAGUUGCGAUGUCAACGGUGACCAGUCCAUCACGCUGAAACACGCGCGCAAGGUGACGGAUGAUCCCUCGGCGGACACUGCAGUGAUACCGAGCCUCAUCAUUUCUGGCAAGGACUGGCUGCAAGUGACUGGCAUGGACAUUCCGCCGCUCGCUGAACCAGAGGAGCCCUCCCAGAAGUUCGCCACCGACAGCGAGAUUACGAAGGGCAACGGCCAGAUCGAGCAGCGGGAGCUCGUCCCGUGGACGGACAACUCCGUGCCCGAGACCGCCGGUGGCCUGGGCAGCGCCAAGGACAUCGAGCGCUUCGACCAGUUCGAGGUGGCGAAGCGGAUGACGGGCAGGGACUCCGGCGACUUCGCGAUCGAGCAGUACACGACGCAGCUCGACGUCAAGAAGAUGGACCCGGACGUCCGGCGCAGGGCGGACGCCAUCGCCAGGGAGAUCGAGGCGGGGCAGCAGCACUCCCACACCGAGGAGAAGCUGGAGGGAGGCGAUCGCGAUGGCGACGAGGAGGCAGCCUUCGGCGCCUCGGCGCCCAUCGUGAAGCGGGAGGAGCCGCGGGAGCAGCCAGCGGCCAAGGCAUCUGGCGCCAUACCCCAGCUGCCGUCGCGGGAGCCUGGCGGGGGCCUGCCUGGCAGCAACAGGCUCGCGAACGACCUGGGGGGCCAGAAGCGAGGGAUGAUGUCCGAGAUGAAGCGCAUCAACGCGCUGAACUUGGAGCCCACCCUGCCCAAGGUCGAUCACGUGCGAAGGAGUUUUAAGGACACCAACAGCCGAUCCCGAGCGCCCCAAGACCCAAUGAACCUGAAGGCCGAAUUUCAGCAGUCCCUUGAGAAGAUCAAGGGCAAGGAGGCGGCCAAGGCCAAGACGCCUGGGAAUGCGCCCGGCAGUGGGGAUGCCACGUGGUCGGCAGGGCAGUCGCAGGGCCAGCCGACGUUUGCCAUGGCGCCCCACGGGAGCGACCAAGGAGGCUACCCGAACAACAGCGGAGGCGACGCGGCGAAGAACAUGUCGAAGGCCUCGUCGCUGAACCCGGCGGCCAAGGCCUUCUCCAUGAACCCGGCAGCCGGGGAGUUCACGCCCUCUGGGGGCGCCGCGGCCACGACGUCGGUGUCCACGCCGAAAGCUCAGCCAGUGAUCAGCAUGAAGCAGUUCCCCGUCUUGAAGACGAAGAACUGGGAGAUGUCGCGGAAGGAUCUGAAGGAACUGCUGGAGCCCUUCUUCCAGAAGUCGAAGGACCCGAUGUCACCCAUGAACACCGGCUCCGAGUGGGCCAACGCCAAGGGGCCGCCCUACAUCCAGACCCUCGGCCAGCCCAGGGCAGGGACGCAGCCGCAGAUGACGCCAGGGCCCUGCGCCGGGUCCUGCACCGGCGGCUGGCAGCAGCAGCGGCCACAGGGGCCCCAGGGCCACGGCCCGGGCAUGAACCCCGCGGGCGCUGGGAACAGCGGAGGCGCACAGCCUUCCGCCGACGAUUGGAGGGCCAAGUCUAUGCAGCAGGCGCAGCCUAUGACGCAGCCUGGCCAGGGCGUGAACGCGGGAGGCAACCAGCCGCAGAUGUAUGGGCAGAUGUACAUGGGCUCAGGCCCCGCCCAGGGCUGCGGCGGCUGCAUGCCUCAGCAGGGCCAGCAGCACCAGCCGCAGCAGCCCGCGCAGCAGCUCCAGCAGCAGCAGCAGGGAACCGGCGGCUUCGCCCCGCAGAUGAUGAUGGCAGGCUGCCCGCAGCAGGGCCAGAUGAUGAUGGUGGCCCCCGGGCAGGGCGGAGGCCAGUGCGGCAUGGGCAUGGUGAACGCGGGGGCGAUGCCGAAGAUGCCGGGCCCGCAGCAGCAGAUGAUGGUGAUGCAGCAGGGCCCGCAGGGCCAGCAGCAGCAGAUGAUGUACGUGAUGGUGGCGCCCGGGCAGGGCGGCUGCUUUCCGCAGGGGGGCUUCAUGCCCCAGGGUGGCUGCAUGGCAGGACCUCCGCAGGGGCAGGGCGACCAGUCCCAGGGGCAGAUGAUGCAGCAGCAGAUGUUUCAGCAGCAGCAGCGCGGCCAGGGUUAG